AUGUCAGCAACGAAUAGUAGUGAGUUAUUUUGUGCAUGUCAUGAUGGUGAUAUAGCUACUGUUGAACGUUUACUUCCUCUUACCCCUCCUGAUGUUUUAAAUAGACUAGAACCAAAUGGAAGUUCUUGUCUGCAUGUUGCUUGUGCUAAUGGUCAUUUAGAAAUUGUUCGUCUUCUAUUGGAAUAUGGAUCAUCUCGUCGAACAAGAGAUAGUAAUGGUCAUGUUCCUUUAGAUCUAGUAAAAAAAAAAGAAAUUGCUAAAUUGUUUCCUCGUUCAGAAGAAGCAGCAGCACAACGUUAUGGUAUAAAUCCCAUGAAUCAAGUUGAAUGGUUAUUAGAUCAAGAUUAUGCUGAAUCACUUGCACGUGCUAUUGCAUGGGGAUGUAUUAAAGAUCGUGGUAUUAAAAAAACAGUGAAAAAAAUUGAAAAAGCUGGUGUAUUAGACUAUGAUGAAUCGAAAGAAAGUAAAUUAGUUAAAUUUUAUUUAAAUCAAGCAGUAGAAAAAAAUGAUCCAAAAUUUUUUUUGAAAAUUUAUACUAUUGAGGCACGAUUCUUCAGCAACUUUAAUCUAUAUAUGGCAGAAGGUAGUAGAAAACAAGUAUACGAAAAAUUAUGUGGUAAAUGGAGUGGUUAUUAUACUGGUGUCAUUAUGAAAAAUCCUGCACUUCAAUGUUAUUAUUAUUCUGGAAUAACCUAUCGUGGUAUGCAAAUAACUUUAAAAGAUCUUGAAAAAUACAAAGUUGGUGUUGCCUUAACAAAUAAAACAUUUCAAUCAACAUCAAAAUUAAGAAAAGUUGCUGAACAUUUUGCACAUCGGGAAAAACCAAGAUUAGAGAGUGUCCGUAUUAUUAUUGUUUAUUUGAUUGUUGAACAAAAGUCAGGACUUGAUAUUUCAUCGAUAUCAGAAUAUCCAGAUGAAGAAGAAGUUCUUAUGGUUCCAGGUACUUGUUUCAAAGUGGUUCAUGUCGAUAAAAGUGGAUCAGUAUGUGAAGCUCAGCUUCGACAAUUAGUAGUUACUGAUGAAUAG